AUGUCACAACAGCAACAGCAACAACCCAGCAAUAGUAAUAAUAACAUCAACACGAAUCUGUACCUGAGUUCCUUACUACAAGAUGAUACACAUCAAGACCACAACGCUAGCACAAACUCAAAUAACAGCAGAAAACGCAGUUACUCGACAGAUCAAGCAUUAGACGGAGGGGAAGAAGAAGGCGAUGUAUCCGAGAAAAAAGAGCGCAAAGGCCGUAAAGCACCACAUGAGCUGUUAACAGAUGCAGAAAAGAAGGCCAAUCACAUUGCAUCCGAAAAGAAGCGUAGACAGAAUAUAAGAUUAGGAUUUGACCAACUCAUUGAAAUUGUGCCAUCAUUGACACAAGGCAACAGAUCAGAGGCCUUUAUAUUACAAAAAUCUGUCGAUCAUAUUCGACAUUUAAUCAACGUAAAGAACGAUUUGAAGAGCCAGAUUAGAGAUCUUCAAGGUGUAUUAGGAGAAGCUAAUUAUGAUGAAGAUGUAAGUGAUUUAUUAUGA